AUGGCUGUCUCCUUGCCACCCACCCUGAGACUCAGUCCUGCCCCUGAUGAAAUUCAGCACCCGCAUAUCAAAUUUUCUGAGUGGAAAUUUAAGCUAUUCAGGGUGCGAUCCUUUGAAAAGGCACCUGAAAAGGCACCCGAAGAAGCCCAAAAGGAGAAAGGUUCCUCAGAGGGGAACCCUUACCUAGAGCAGUCUCCAGUAGUUCCAGAUAAGCCUGGUGGUCAGAAAUCAGUUCUGACUCAGCGAUCAUUGAAACUUCACCCUAAAUUUUCAAAGAAAUUCCAUGCUGAUGGAAAGUCAAGAGACAAAGCAAUUCACCAAGCCAGGCUUAGACACUUCUGCCGCAUCUGUGGGAAUCCAUUCAAGAGUGAUGGGCACAACCGGAGAUACCCAGUCCAUGGGCCCGUGGAUGCUAAAACCCAAAGCCUUUUCCGAAAGAAGGAAAAGAGAGUUACUUCCUGGCCAGACCUCAUUGCCAGAGUUUUCCGGAUUGAUGUGAAGGCGGAUCUUGACUCGAUCCACCCCACUGAAUUCUGUCAUAACUGUUGGAGCAUUAUGUACAGGAAGUUCAGUAGUGCCCCCUGUGAGGUCUACUUCCCAAGGAAUGUGACCACGGAGUGGCAUCCCCACACACCAUCCUGUGACAUUUGCCUCACUGCCCAUGGGGGACUCAAGAGGAAGAGACAUCAGCCCAAUGUGCAGCUCAGCAAGAAACUGAAAACUGUGCUAAACCAAGCGAGACGGGACCGUCAGCGCAAGAGAGCUCAGGCUAGGGUCAGCAGUAAGGAAGUCAUGAAGAAGAUCUCUAACUGCAGUAAGAUUCAUCUCAGUACCAAGCUUCUUGCAGUGGACUUCCCAGCACACUUUGUGAAAUCCAUCUCCUGCCAGAUAUGUGAACACAUUCUGGCUGACCCCGUGGAGACCAGCUGUAAGCAUGUGUUUUGCAGGAUCUGCAUCCUCCGAUGCCUCAAAGUCAUGGGCAGCUAUUGUCCUUCCUGCCGAUACCCGUGCUUCCCUACUGACCUGGAGAGUCCAGUGAAGUCCUUUCUGAACAUCUUGAAUUCUCUGAUGGUGAAGUGUCCUGCACAGGAGUGCAACGAGGAGGUGAGUCUGGAAAAAUAUAACCAUCAUGUCUCAAGCCACAAAGAGUCUAAAGAGGCUUUGGUGCAUAUUAAUAAAGGGGGCCGGCCUCGUCAGCAUCUCCUGUCACUGACACGCAGGGCUCAGAAACAUAGGCUCAGGGAGCUCAAGAUUCAAGUCAAAGAAUUUGCCGACAAAGAAGAAGGUGGAGAUGUGAAGUCUGUGUGCUUGACAUUGUUCCUGCUGGCACUGAGGGCCAGGAAUGAACACAGACAAGCCGAUGAGCUAGAGGCCAUCAUGCAGGGGCGGGGCUCUGGUCUGCAACCAGCUGUUUGCUUGGCCAUCCGUGUCAAUACCUUCCUCAGCUGCAGCCAGUACCAUAAGAUGUACAGGACUGUGAAAGCCAUCACCGGGAGGCAGAUUUUUCAGCCUUUGCAUGCUCUUCGAAAUGCUGAGAAAGUCCUCCUGCCAGGCUACCAUCCCUUUGAGUGGCAGCCCCCUCUGAAGAAUGUGUCCUCCAGAACUGAUGUUGGAAUUAUUGAUGGGCUGUCCGGACUUGCCUCUUCUGUGGAUGAAUACCCGGUGGAUACCAUCGCAAAGAGGUUCCGCUAUGACUCUGCUUUGGUGUCUGCUUUGAUGGACAUGGAAGAAGAUAUCUUGGAAGGCAUGAGAUCCCAAGAUCUUGACGACUACCUGAACGGUCCCUUCACUGUAGUGGUAAAGGAGUCUUGUGAUGGAAUGGGGGAUGUGAGUGAGAAGCAUGGGAGUGGGCCUGCAGUUCCAGAAAAGGCAGUUCGUUUUUCAUUCACAGUAAUGAGAAUUAUGAUAGAGCAUGAUUCGCAGAAUGUGAAGGUAUUUGAGGAACCCAAGCCCAAUUCUGAACUGUGUUGCAAGCCAUUGUGUCUUAUGCUGGCAGAUGAGUCUGACCACGAGACCCUGACUGCCAUCCUAAGCCCUCUCAUUGCUGAAAGGGAGGCCAUGAAGGGCAGUGAAUUAAUAUUGGAGAUGGGAGGCAUCCCCAGGACUUUCAAGUUCAUCUUCAGGGGCACCGGAUAUGAUGAAAAACUUGUCCGAGAAGUAGAAGGCUUAGAAGCCUCUGGCUCUGUCUACAUCUGUACCCUUUGUGAUGCCACUCGUCUGGAAGCCUCUCAAAAUCUUGUCCUCCACUCCAUAACCAGAAGCCACGCUGAGAACCUGGAGCGCUAUGAGGUUUGGCGAUCCAAUCCCUAUCACGAGUCAGUGGAAGAACUCCGGGACCGGGUGAAAGGGGUCUCUGCCAAACCUUUCAUUGAGACAGUCCCUUCUAUAGAUGCUCUC